AUGGAUAAGUUAUUUUUCUGGUAGUAAUACAUUUGUGUAAGUGGAGUGUUAUAAAGUGCGUAAAUGUAAAACAACAGCACUGUUUUGUGGAACCCAAAAAGGAGUAGAAAUAUUUUUCAGAUAAAUUGUUUAUAAUGUCUAUGCGUCCAGAUGAUCAUCGCCGAAAAUGGGAUAAGUCAGAAUACCAACGAUUGGCACAGGAGAGGUUACAGAGCCAGGCGGCCAAGGCAAAUCCGAAGGAUGAAGAGCCCAUACAACGUGAGAACCUAAAGCGCCGUGACUAUAAAGUCGAUCUCGACAGUAAACUCGGCAAAAGCGUUGUUAUAAACAAGAACACUCCUACCUCACAAUCUGGUGGUUACUAUUGUAAUGUGUGCGAUUGUGUUGUUAAAGACUCGAUCAACUUUCUUGAUCAUAUCAAUGGAAAGAAACAUCAACGUAAUUUGGGCAUGUCCAUGAAAGUGGAGCGCAGUACGGUCGAUCAAGUGAAAGAACGGUUUCAGGCGAAUAAAAAAAAGAUGGAGGAAAAACAAAAAGAUUAUGAGCUGGAACGACGACUACGUGAAGCUAAAGAGGAAGAAGAACGUUAUAAGGAACAUCGAAAAGAAAAGCGGAAAGAGCGUAAAAGGAAAGCCAGUGAUACAGAUAUAAUGGGUGGUGGUUUGUCCGAUGAUAUGGCAGCCAUUAUGGGAUUUUCUGGUUUUGGCGGAUCCAAAAAGAAUUCUUAGAAGAAAACAAUACGCCAUUUUUUGUUUUGUUUCUGUAAUAAUAUUUGUUGUUAUUGCAUAAAACAUUGUAACAUAAAAGCUAGUAAAAAUAUAUAAACUUGAACAGGA